AUGUCAGCCGGCGACAGUGAGGACGAAUCGUCUUCUCGCCCGACGACAUCCAUGCGACAUCAGAGGUAUUCCACCAGUCAUUCAGAGGAUACAUCUAAGCGGUCGAGAUCCUCCGUCGCUUCGUCGGUCGAUGAACGCCAGAUGAGUUUAGAUCGCUCUCUUGGAUAUUCUCGAUCAGAUCAACCUUUUUUUGACGACAGUAACAAUAGACAGCAAAGUUUACAUCUCAUGCACGAUGGCGACCCUUCCUCGAUCACGAAUCAUUCUCAUCCACCCAGAGCGGGAUCAUCUAGAGGAGAAAAUCUCACAGUGAGACGUCGUGAGGCCAAUCGAUUGGCCGCACAGAGAUUUAGAAGCAGGAAAAAAGGAUAUCAAGAGAGUCUCGAGGAGAAAAUCAGACAGCUUCAGGAGGAAAAUGCCGCCUUGCUUAAUCGUAUGGAGGGCAGGCCAAACACAUUCGGAGGGCACUACGACCUCCCUUUCGAGCCCAUGCCUCAUGAAACAUCCAUGCCGGGUAUGGACCGACCAACGACCGUUGCAGAGCCAUCCUCCAAUUCCCAACAGCACGGACCUGGACCGGACAUUCGGAUCGCAGCGCUUGAUUCUGCAAACCGAAGGCUGCAAGAGGAGAACCGUAAUCUCGAAGAGGAACUGAGGAGGAUGUCUGGGGAGCUAGAGAUGUGGAGACGAUGGUCCCGUCAAAAUCGAGAUAGGGCUCCUUGGCCACACGAAUCUCACCCGCCACCAUUUCAUCGGGCUCAGUCGCACGACACCAUUCCAAGAUCGCUAUCAACCUUUUCAGACUUGAGAGCGAGUCAGACGACGGCUGAUGGUCAAAUGCCGCCCCCUACUUUGCCGCCUCCUCUCGCAAUGUCCGUCCACUCCUCUACGGGUACACCAAUCAGGCUGCCACCCAUUCGCUUGACACCGCCACCACCUCCACCUCCACAGCAUCGACGAUCGACCUCCAACAACGACAACGGGGGCAUCAGCGCCACAAUCAAACGAGAAUCAUAA